AGUGGUGGCCGUGGUGGACGUGGUGGACGGGGCAUGGGCGGUGGAGGUAUGAUGGGUGGUGGUGGAUUCAAUAUGGAUUCCGGAUAUCAGGGUGGUGGUGCCUAUCCAGCCGGGCCGACGUAUCGUCCGACUAAAAGUUCGGGUGGUGGGGGAUUGUACCCGACUGAACGGGUUGUUGAUCAAGGUGGCGGUGGUGGUUGGUAA